GUCGAACUGCUUCACUCUUGCAACUAAUUUGUUUCUGAUUGAUCUCUGAAUAUUAAUUUUUAACUCUUCCUCUUUCCAUACAAAAAGAAAUUUUAGCUAGGAUGCGUCCUCCUAGUUCACUCAGGCAAGAAUUUCUCAAGAAAUGGAUGAUGGGUCUCCAAAGAUAUAGCACUUCAAAGAAGAAUAUGAGCAUCUUGGAGAGAAAGAAGGCUAUAAAGUUGUCAGCAGAUGUAGCCAUUGCUUCUGCUAGAAACGGUACAACUUGUUGGAGUCGAGCUCUCAUUGCCAAUGGUUAUUCCAAAGAUGGCGGUGAUGACAAACAUCUAGUUGAGCAAAUAUUGGGCCCGGAGUCAGAGAGGCUAAUAAUGAAGAAGGUUUUGACAGGAGGAGCAUCGGUGUGCAACAAGAGGAUGAGAAGCAAGAAGAUCCUGAAAAGGAGUUGCGGAAUCCAAAGAACAAGAAAAUUUGCACCCCAAGUGGCUCUGGCAAGCUCUAUUGCAAAAAGGUUGGUUAGGAAAAGAACUCAAAUUUUGCGAAGUUUAAUCCCCGGAGGAGAGUUUAUGAAUGACGUAACUUUGAUUGAGGAAACUCUUGAUUAUAUCAUAUCUCUCCGAGCUCAGGUUGAUGUAAUGCGAAGUCUUGCCAGUGCUUCAGAGCUAGCCAGUGAACCAUAA